AUGAUGACGAUCUCCCGUCGAAGCACAACGUCCCUCCAAGUCCAAGCUCGCAACAGCAACCACUUCCCCGAAACCGAAUCAAGCCUUCCAAAUCUCCCUCGCGCAUCUACGAACUCACUCAUCGACAACCUUCUCUCGUAUCUUGGGCCACGUAAUCCAUUUCCCAAAGCAGUAACCAAGGACGAUACAGUUUGGUUAUUGGAUAAUACGGCAUAUAGAAACCACGUAACCGGGAAAUGGGAAGCAGAAUUUGUAGCUGCAGUAUGGGAGACAGAAAGUGCAAGACAUGUACCAGAAAUCAUUGGGGAUAUCGUGGGGAGAAUUGGGGGUGACGGGGAUAGAGGGGAAGAUGAAAUUGUGGAAGAAAGAUUGAGACCAUUCUUGAUGGAUGUUCGAGCUGGAAGGGUUGUCAAUAUUGCGUCUUCAGGUCAUCAAGGGGUCGCAAAUUUAAAACUUGGACCGUGUGGUCGAAAUGGUAUUAGUAGUGAUAUCCGGACAUUGCGGGAUGGCAAAGACGGCGAAAUCGUGAAAUGGAAUGCAAAAGUCCCUCUAGAAGUUGAAGGAAUAUUGCAAAUGAAAACAGUCUAUGCCGAACCUGAAGGAUGGGCAGUCAUCUCUGAUAUUGACGACUCAAUAAAAAUAACCCAAACAAGUUCUCCAAUUGACAUUUUACGCUCUACCUUCUUAUCCAAACCGAUGCCCGUUGAAGGAAUGCCUGAACUAUACAAACACAUACAGUCCAUCAUUACACCUAAACACGCAUCUGUAGCUCCUUGGUUCUAUCUAUCUGCCUCGCCCUACACUCUCUACUCAUUUCUCAGCGAAUUCCGUCGGGCAUAUUAUCCUCAAGGAACUAUGAUACUGAGGGAUGCCAACUUCUUGAGUUUAUCUGGAUUGUUAGAGACAUUGACAGAGGGCACACAAGAGUACAAGAUCAAUGAGAUGGAAAAGAUUCAUAAAUGGUUGCCGAAGAGGAAGAUGAUUUUUGUGGGCGAUAGCACGCAGAGUGACCCAGAGGCUUAUGGGGAGAUAUGUCGCAAAAACCCAGGCUGGGUCAAAUUAGUACUCAUACGCAAGGUCACGGACAUAGCCUCCAUCGGUAUUGUCCAGAAAAACGAGCCUGAACGAUUUGAGAAAGCGUUUGACGGUGUAUCAAAGGAUAUCUGGAGAGUGUUCGAGAGUCCAGAGGAGUGCUAUGAACUAGUGGACGAACUGAUAAAGGCUUCACCUACCUGA